AUGAAAAAUCCGAUAUACAAGGACAUCACGGAGGAACAAAAAGCGUCCAAUUCCUACGCGGCCAUGGUCUCCGGCCAGACCAUUGUGGAAAUUCCAGAGUUCGAACUAGAGUGCAAGGAAACGCUUCUAGAUUUCCCGGUCGCCUACAAAACUUGGGGUCGUCUCAACGCGAGCAGAGAUAAUGUGAUUCUCAUUUGUCAUGCUCUCACCGGAUCUUCGGAUGUGAAGGAUUGGUGGGGUCCUUUGCUUGGAACGGGACUCACGUUUGAUCCCAGCCGAUUUUUUAUAAUAUGCAUAAACUUUCUUGGUUCUCCGUACGGCUCGUGUUCUCCCGCGACCGUCGAGAAAGCCACCGGAAAACCAUACGGCCCGCAGUUUCCCUUGGUCACUGUUAAGGACGACAUAGGAGUUCAGAGACUCAUUCUUGAUAGCCUAGGAGUUAAGAGCAUCGCAUGCGUGAUUGGCGGCUCGAUGGGUGGAAUGGCGGCAAUGGAGUAUUCUUCGACAUACAAUGGCACCGGCUACGUGCGCAGUGUCAUUGCAUUGGCGACAUCCGCCAGAGCCUCAGCAUGGUGUAUAUCGUGGAAUGAAACGCAAAGACAGUGCAUCUUCAGCGAUCCAAACUACGACGACGGUUACUACUACGAAACCGAAGGUCUCCGACCCGAUAGUGGUUUGAGUGCUGCGCGGAUGGCGGCGCUCCUUACGUAUAGACUGCGAAAUUCGUUUGAAACCCGUUUUGGCCGCAAGUUGCCCACAACCAAGUCAGGCUCAUCCAUUACGUCAUCCGGCCUGCUAGAUAUUAGACUCCCAAAGAAUAGAGACGAGGAGAAAUGGCUUGCUCACAACGACGGUUCGAGGCUGUUCAGGAAUAGCUCGCAGAACUUGACCCAAGACAAGCCGCAGACAUACUUCACUGCCCAGUCAUACUUGAGGUAUCAGGGAGAGAAGUUUGUCAGCCGUUUUGACGCCAACUGCUACAUUUCCAUCAGCAGAAAACUUGACACCCACGACAUCACCCGUGGACGUGUUGAGUGCGAUGCUAACCAGGAUGACCCACUUCCAGCAUACUUGGAGACUUUACAAUUGCCCCACCUAAUUAUCGGUAUUUCCUCUGAUGGCUUGUUCACAUAUGGAGAACAACAGCUCUUAGGCGCGCACAUACCCAAAAACGUUUUGAAAAAGUUGGAUUCUCCCGAGGGACACGACGCUUUCUUGUUGGAUUUCGAGAUCAUAGAUGCUUACUGCCGGGAGUUCUUAAAGGAACAAUUACCAGAGUUCUACGACAAUUCCGGCAAGGUUGAAGUGUUUGAAAAUUGGGAGGAUUAUGUCGUUCUGAUUGAGAAUGGAGGCAACUCCGUUUUUGGAGAAGCCGAGUCCAACAUCACCAAUUGGUAG